CCAGAUUGUACAGUCCCUGUGGUAAGAGAGCCUCACAAGAGCAGUGAAAGAGGAAAAUAAACCUGGGAGGGGUGGGAAGGAGAAGCAAGGGCGGAGAAUAGAGAAGUCUGAGGAAUUGGAAGCAAUGUCGUGCUGAUUGUAAAGUUUCAGCAGUAAGCACUCUCUCUCUCCUUGCCUUUGUUUAAUGGGAGCUCUGCCUGUGUCUCUGUGUAACCCGCUCUCCCCGGGGAUCUUUGAUCAGACAGAUGCUCUGUGAAUUAAUCCAGUAUUCAGUCUCAGCAGCUAUCCAUGAUCAGCAGCAGCAGCAGCACACAGAGCCCAGAGUCCUUUCUCUGCCUGCAUCAUGCUGCUCAGCGUCACCGACACAGUAAACUCUUCGCUGUGAUCAGCCCAGACGCGUGUAACAUGGAUUAGGGCGCACGGUGCAAGGAGCCGGACUUUUACGCAAGUGUGUCUGCCGUCUGCGCUGCGCAGCCUCUGCCCUCUGUGCACGGAGUACACCGAGAUCUAUUGUCUUCGCAAGUGAGUGUGCUUUGGAUGAAUGUGGCCAUGAGCACGGGGAACAUGCUGAGCCGGGGAGAGCAGCUGCCUGCCCUGCCAGGGAUGCCGGAGGAGAGCAGCCAGCGGACGAGCAGGACCCGCAGGAAAAGGAAAGCGUUGCUGCUGGGGCAGAUGUGCUUCAUGGGAUGUCUAAUGCUGGUUGGAUCAUCUCUCUCCUACUGGGCAGGAAAAGCAGGUUUUGAAGGCUAUACUGCUAAAGACAGUGACCAGAGACAUCCAUUGGAAGUCAACACCAAUGGUAAUGGAAGGGGGUUACUUUGGAUGGACGAGGAGAAUUUCACUGAAGUUCAUGGAGACCACAGACAUCGCAAGAACUGCACAGAACCAGCACUUCAUGAAUUCCCCAGUGACGUCUUCUCACAUGAGGAAAGACGGAAUGGAGCAAUCAUCAUGCAUGUACUAUUUGCUAUGUACAUGUUCUAUGCUCUCGCCAUUGUAUGCGAUGACUUCUUUGUCCCAUCCUUGGAGAAGAUUUGUGAAAGGCUACAACUCAGUGAAGAUGUGGCAGGAGCUACCUUUAUGGCUGCUGGCAGUUCUGCACCAGAGCUCUUUACAUCUGUCAUAGGAGUAUUCAUCACAAAAGGAGAUGUUGGUGUUGGAACCAUUGUUGGCUCAGCUGUAUUUAACAUUCUCUGUAUUAUUGGAGUGUGUGGACUGUUUGCAGGACAGGUUGUCGUCUUGUCCUCAUGGUGCUUGCUACGAGAUGCCUCAUAUUACACGCUAUCUGUUAUCGCACUCAUUGUGUUUAUUUAUGAUGAAAAGGUCUCCGGGUGGGAGUCUAUGAUUUUGGUUCUAAUGUAUGCCGUUUACAUCCUCAUAAUGAAGUUCAACUCCUCCAUACAUCAGUGCUUUGAAAAGAGAACAAAGGGAGCAGCCAACAUGGCAAAUGGACUAGCAAGUAAUGCAGAAUUAGAUGACAAUGUAAACUGUGACGCAACUGUGGUCUUACUCAAAAAAGGAAAUUUCCAUCGUAAAACAUCGGUGAUCAUGGUAGAUGAGAUCUUGUCAGCCUAUCCUCAUCAAUUAUCAUUCUCUGAGGCUGGUCUGAGAAUCAUGAUAACAAGCCACUUCCCUCCCAAGACUCGUCUUUCUAUGGCCAGUCGCAUGUUGAUAAAUGAGAGGCAGAGAUUGAUAAACAGCCGAGGCUAUGCUAAUGGCGAGUCAGAAGUCGCAAUCAAGAUUCCAAUCAAACAUGCAGUUGAGAACGGGACUGGCCCGGGGAACUCAACAGAGAGAAAUGCCAAUGGCACCAGAAAAGAUGAAGAUGUGGCUGAAGCUGGCAAUGAGACCGAAAAUGAAAAUGAAGACAAUGAAAAUAAUGAAAACGAUGAGGAAGAAGAAGAAGAAGAUGAUGAUAAUGAUGGGCCUUUCACACCUUUUGAACUUCCCUCUGGAGCAGCUAACAGAUUAAAAUGGGUGAUAACCUGGCCAUUAUCGUUCCUUAUGUACUUCACUGUACCUAAUUGUGCUAAGCCACGCUGGGAGAAAUGGUUUAUGGUUACUUUUAUCGCGUCCUCCAUCUGGAUUGCAGCCUUUUCUUAUGUGAUGGUCUGGAUGGUCACUAUCAUUGGCUUCACCUUAGGAAUUCCAGAUGUGAUUAUGGGCAUCACAUUCCUAGCAGCUGGAACAAGUGUACCAGAUUGUAUGGCGAGCCUCAUAGUAGCAAGACAAGGAAUGGGAGAUAUGGCUGUAUCAAAUUCUAUUGGGAGCAAUGUAUUUGACAUUCUUAUUGGACUUGGACUUCCAUGGGCAUUACAGACACUCGCAGUGGACUAUGGCUCAUAUAUCCAUCUGAACAGCAGAGGCCUGAUCUAUUCUGUGGCUUUGCUUCUGGCUUCCUUGUUUGUUACGGUAUGCGGUAUUCGUCUAAACAAAUGGAAACUGGACAAGAAGCUGGGUGUGGCAUGUCUUCUCCUCUAUAGCGUCUUCCUGUGUAUUUCCAUCCUCACAGAAUUCAAUGUCUUUACAUUUGUGAACUUGCCAAUGUGCAGGGGAGGAAUCUGAUCCAUCGAGCCAACUGGUUCAUGAGACUUCAUCUUACUCUUUGGUGCAAUACAGAAGGGUGACCCGUGUCCUGCACAAGGAGGUCGUCAACUGGUCACUGUUCAUGAGAAUUUCUUACUUCCUUCUCUUCCUGUUUAUACCAUGGGGACAAAACCUUCCACAGUUUCCAUUUUCCACUUUAUUUUUCACUGUUAGAAAUUCCAGCGCUUGUUGGUAAUUAUCCUAUUAUACAGUGACCAGGGUUCCAGAUGAAAAGGCUGCUAACUGGCCUCAAGCCAGCCCAAAUUACAUCUGCUAAAAAACAUUCUGUUUUAAGUUAUUUGGACUAAUGUAAUUUAUGACUUGAUAUUGUUCAAACAUUGCAGAAUAAUAGGAACGAUUCAUUACCAGUAAUCAGUUAUUAUGAGGAAUAUCAUGGGAUAAAAUAGCUGAGACACUUUCCCUUGUUCAUAUGAAAGUAAACUCCUUUGAUGGACUGUGCGAACAGCAACAGAAGACUGAAAGGAUGAGCAUUAUAUGAACUUUUUAAGAAGAAUGGAUCGUAUUGAUAAUUUAUUUAAUGGCGAGAUCAUUGGACAGCAUUUUAUACAAAGAACAAAUCUUCUUUCUUAAAAUAAAUGGAUAAAAGGUAGAUUUUUCUAGAGAUGGGUUAUCAUGGCAAACGUGACGUAGUCAGAUGAUCUGACAGUGGUUGCAAAGCCCAUCCGUUUGUGCAUUGCCAGUGCUGGACUGGUACUCAGCAGCGGAAUUUGAUGCAACUGGGUAAAUUUGUCAGUAUGUAAAGUUUAUUGUUAUAUCCAAAGCUAAAUGGUCAUAAUGGAAGGUCCCUUGGUUUAUGUUCUAAGUUAAAUCUGCCUGGUACAGUAUUUUUGUAUAAAUGUUUUAUAGCUGGCCCUGAUCUCUAAGUAAACUAGUCUUAUAUAAUUUGCUAAAUACAGUUAUGGACACUGGUUUCUUAAAGGCACAUUUUGCACAGAUGUUUUUCCAUGAUGAUACAACAUGAACACUUAUGAUGUAUACACUGGAUUUGUCCAUAUUGUAUUUAGAGCUUCAGAAAAGAAACCUUCUAUUAUAGCAUUAAACAAGGCAGAGAUUAUGUACUCACAUGUCAACCCCAGUUACCACAAACCAGCCAUUUUUUUGUAGUGUAAAUCUUUAAUUUAUUAUACAUAUGUAGAGAGGAAUUCUAUUCAAGGAAAUUUAGCGGUAGUUUCUCUAAGUUAUGAAAGCUAACAGUAAUUCAGGGAUUUUAGUGGACAUAUGCACUGCAAUGCUUAUUUUUGUAAACAUAUAAAACAUAUCUAUAUAUCUAA